AUGGUGGCCGGUGACGAGUCGGCGAGCGGCAUGGCGACGGCCGGCGGAGCGGGGGCGAUGGGUCCGACAGGCUGUGGCGUGGCGAGCGGAGCGACGGUUGCAGAUGCUGGCGGAGACAAGGACUCGGCGGGACGGACGGUGCUGUUCGACGGCGUGGAGCUGGGCUCGUACGACGAGUCGCCGCUGUGGGUGAGGGUUAAUCCGUUUGUGAUCUCGGGCUACCGGCUCGGGUGCGCGAGCAUGGCGCAGUGCAUGCGAUCGGUAUGGUACCUCCACAAUCAGACGAUGAAUGUGUGGACGCAUGCUGGUGGGACGGUGGUGGUGGCAGUGAUGCUGGCACUGCGACUGGCGGCGCACAUCCGUGACGUUGGCCCGUUGUCGUGGCUGGACGCCGCGCUGGUCGGCGUCUUUAUCUUUGCCUUUGCCUCGCAGUUCCUCCUCUCGGCGGCGUAUCAUGCGGUUAUGUGCCACUCAGCGGACGUGUGCUUCCGUUUCCGCCAGUGGGACUACAUCGGCGUGCUCUUCCACAUCGGCGGCCUGGAGCUUGUUGCCCUCGUCGGUCUCUUUGUGCCACCGGCCUGGCUCGGCGCUGCGGAUCGUGGGCGCGAUCUUGUUCCAGCUGCCACCCUGGUCUCGGCCGAGAAUCUGAUGUUUGUGGCGGCGUUUGGCUGCGUGGUUACGGUAGUCUUGGUGUGGACUAUCAGCAUGCUUGUGCUCCAGCCGCACCGCAAGUACCGCAUCUACGUCGGCAUGGUGCUCCUUACCGCGCUCUCGUGGGCCCUUAUUUGGCGGCUGUACGCGGUCGACGCGCCGGUUGCUGCGCAAGCGGCCCAGGCCAUGUGGGACGUGCAAAAGUGGUACGCCAUCGGUAUGGUGCCAUUCCUCUACAAGGUGCCGGAGCGGUGGAUCCCCACGGGCUUGUUUGACAUCUGGGGUGCCUCGCACCAGCUUUGGCACAUUGCCAUCAUCCUCGGCACGUUCAACGAGCUCGAGCUGCUCAUGACACUUCUUUGA